AUGGGUUGUUUAUGGGCUCUGCCUUUCACUGUUUUUCUCUGUUUCUCAGUCAUUUAUGGUGACAGCAAUACCAAAACCUUCAUAGUUAGAGUUGAUAACAAUUUGAAACCAUCUGUGUUUUCUAGCGUUGAACAUUGGUACAAGACUACCCUUCAAAGUCUUAAUUCCAACCCUUUAAACUCUGAAAAGCCCAAAACAAUCAACCAAGACUUCCUGCAUGUGUACAAGACUGUUUUCCAUGGUUUCUCUGCCAGUCUCACCACACAACAAGCAGAGGAAUUGAAGAAACACCCAAGUAUUCUUGCGGUCUUACCGGACCGACUUCAUCAACUUCACACCACUCGAUCACCUGCAUUCCUUGGACUCUCCCCAACCAACCCAAACGGCCUCUUAGCAGAGGCAAAUUUCGGUGAUGACGUCAUAGUUGGAGUUUUUGACACUGGUAUAUGGCCAGAACGACGUAGUUUUCGCGACAAAGGCCUCGGACCCGUCCCUUCUCGUUGGAAGGGAGAGUGUACAGAAGGAGAAAGGUUCUCCAAAACCCUCUGCAACAGAAAGAUCAUCGGAGCGAGGUACUUUACCGCCGGUUACGAAGCCGAAAACGGCAGAAUUAACAUCAGUACGGGCGUCAGGUCUGCUAGAGAUUCGGACGGUCACGGCAGUCACACCGCAUCCACGAUCGCCGGAAACCUCGUCCGCAAUGCCUCCCUCUUCGGCUUAGCAAAAGGUGUUGCCUCCGGAAUCGCACCAAAAGCAAGAAUCGCUGUAUACAAAGUUUGCUGGUACAACGGUUGCAAGGAAUCCGACAUACUCGCCGCCUUCGACAGGGCAGUGGAAGACGGCGUCGACAUCAUUUCUCUCUCCCUCGGCGCCUCCACGGUUCCUUAUUACGACGACCCUAUUGCCAUUGGCUCCUUCGGGGCAAUGCAGAAAGGAAUUCUUGUUUCUGCUUCAGCCGGUAACGAUGGUCCCUUUGAGAUGACGGUAGAGAAUGUAGCUCCGUGGAUCACCACAGUCGGUGCCAGCACAAUAGACAGGAACUUUACGGCGGAUCUUUUGUUAGGAAACGGUCAGGUUAUAGCCGGAGCUUCCUUGUAUGGUGGCAAGCCAUUACCUCAAAAGACGUAUUUGCCCCUGAUUUACGCAGCCGAUAUCAGGAAAGGGGAAGGGCUUUGUUUGAACGGUACGCUGGAAAAGUAUCGCGUACGCGGCAAGAUCGUGUUGUGUGAUAGAGGUUUGAUUACACGUGUCGAGAAGGGAGAGAUCGUAAAGGAAGCUGGUGGGGCCGGAGUGAUUGUUGCCAAUAUCGAAUCAGGAGAUGAAUUUAUAUCUCCUGAUCCUCAUGUGAUUCCGGGAAUGAGUAUCGCCCAUUCAGCCCGUGAAACAGUUCUACGUUAUAUAAACUCUUCAUCGAACCCGAAGGCAACAAUCAUCUUUCGCGGGACCCAGGUCGGAGUGAAACCGUCACCUAUGGUUGCCUCCUUUUCAUCAAGAGGUCCCAACACUAUAUCCAAUUACGUGGUCAAACCUGACAUAAUUGCGCCAGGUGUCAACAUCCUAGCGGCGUGGACUGAUCUCGCGCCUCCAACGGAAUCACCAUUCGAUAAGAGACGCACGGCGUUUAAUAUAAUUUCGGGUACGUCCAUGUCUUGCCCACAUGUGGCUGGAAUUGCGGUUUUACUUAAAGGGGUUUACCCGGAUUGGUCACCGGCUAUGAUCCGGUCAGCUAUGAUGACCACAGCGUACAUGCACGACCACGAUGGGAAGCCCUUGGUUGAUGAGGAAUCCUUAAAGAAAGUAACGGUGCAGGACAUGGGUGCAGGACAUGUGGAUCCUAAAAAGGCAAUGGAUCCUGGCUUGGUGUACGAUCUGACGGUGCAUGAUUACUUGGACUUUCUUUGCGCUUCCAAUUAUAGCCGUCGUGAAAUGAUCCAAGUCACACAUACACCAGUGAAAUGCAGAAGCAAGCAAAAUAAACCGUGGAAUAUAAACUACCCAGCAAUCGCGGUUGUUUUUAAUGCAUCAGCACCAUCCUCGGAGGUUGUAGUUAAGAGAACAGUGACACAGGUUAGCCACGGUGCAUCCAGUUACCACGUUAAAGUUUCCAAUCCAAGAGGUGCAAUCAUGACCGUUGAUCCCCCAAAGAUGGAGUUCAAAAAGAGGGGACAAAAAAAGAGCUUUGUGGUUCGGAUUUCGGCUGGAAAAUCGAAUUCGCCACCUGGGAUCAUUUACAAUCAGUUUGGUAAGUUGACGUGGACAGACGGGAAGCACCACGUCAAUUCACCUGUGGUGAUCGCGUGGCAAUAG